AUGCAUCUGGUAUGUAUCUUGGAAUGUAUAUACGUCACUGUAGGCAUGGGAGAAAGAAGAAGCGCUAUGCGCAAAACGACAAAACGUAUUCACAACACCCACAUGUCCUUUUCAGAUCGCACAAAAGCCUUUGGUUCAUGGCUUCGAGAGAACAACGUAGAGCUCUCACUGAAAGUUGAAAUUUCAGAUUGGCGCUCCCAUGGUCAGGGCCGUGCAGUUGUGGCUUCAAAAGAUAUAGAGCCAGAUGAAGAGCUUUUCAAAUUGCCUCGCACUGUGCUUCUAGGGGUGGAAAACUGUUCGUUGGUACGGGAUAAGGAAGAUUCGCUCGAGAAACUUUUAGACUUGACUCAAUGGGAGGCGUUGAUUAUAGUGCUCUUGUACGAGUGGCUUGUAAAGAAAGAUGCGAGUACUUGGAAGAGCUAUUUUGAUAUACUUCCUAUCAAUGACCCGGAAAAUUACCGAUUCAACCAGUUGAUGUUCUGGUCAGAAGAAGAAAUUGAAUGGUUAAAGCCAUCCCUAAUCACAAACCGUGUCGGUAAGGAAGCUGCUGUACAAAUGUACGAAAAGUUAUUUCCUACUGUCGCAGCACAAGUGCUUGGUCUGGAUGAAUUGGCAGAGGUAACUUUCGAACAGUUUUCCCUCAUUGCUACUUUAAUCAUGUCCUACUCUUUCGAUGUGGAACUUCCCAAGAAUGAUCAGACAAACCCGGAUGGUGAACAUGACGAUGAUGAAGAUGAAGAUGAAGACGACGACGAAAAUGACGACGAGUCUACUCCGAUAAGGGGAAGUCGCUAUUUCAAAUGUAUGGUUCCCCUUGCUGAUACCUUAAAUGCUGAUACGCACAAACAUAAUGCUAGUUUGAUGUAUACCUCACUGUCUUUGGUGAUGCGGAGCAUAAAACCGAUUGCCGCUGGUGAACAAAUCUAUAAUACUUAUUCUGAGCACCCCAAUGCUGAAAUCUUGAGGAGGUAUGGUUAUGUGGAACAAAAGGGAUCUGCUCAUGACUUUGCAGAAAUCCCAUUGAGUAAAGUGAAAACUUACUUUAGUGAGAACACUUCACUUUCUUUGGAGACUGUGGAAGAUAUCCUUAAUGUUCUAAGGGAGGUUAGCGAAGAAGAUGGCGAACUGUACUUGGUCGAUUCUUAUGAUUUAUUCGCCAGCGGAGAAGUCAUUUCCGAACUUACAUUCUUAGUUCAGCUCCUAACUUUAAUGGCCAGCAUAAACGACCAAAAAACAUUCAACACUGCAAGUGUGGAUGUUAAAAGUAGAGGAGUUAGACGUGUACUAAAAAAGUGCUACCAGCUACUUGAGGGUGGAAAACUCACUAAGGGUUUUAUUGUCCAUUAUCAAAAUCUCUUAAAAGCAAGACUUAAAGAAUAUCCUAAGCUGGCAUCGAAGGAAUUUCCGGAGGAAAAGCCGGACCUCUCUAGACAAGAAAUGGCCACAAUUGUGCUAAUCUCAGAAUACAAAUCUUUGCUCAAUUGCCUAGAUACAGACAAAGUCUAUGGCCAAGGCGAAACUGUUUUUACAAUUAUCGAUGAUGGAAAGAUCUUGCGAAACAUCAUGAAGAAAGAUGUCUUCGAGGGGGGUGACGACCAGGUUAGAAAGAAACAGAAAUUUACAUAA